AUGGAUUGGGAAGAGGCGACCAAGCUAAGGUUGUUUCAACUCAAUGAGAUGGAUGAAUUUCGAUACCAGGCAUAUGAGAGUGCAGUACUUUAUAAGGGUGAUCUCGUCUUGCUGUUUAACUCUCGCUUGAAGUUGCAACCGGGUAAGCUAAAAUCAAGGUGGUCUGGUCCGUUUGAGGUGGUAGGUGCUUCACCCCAUUGGGCGAUUGAACUGAAGUCCGGAGAUGGAACUCGGACAUUUAAGGUGAAUGAGCAGAGGGUGAAGCACUAUCAUGGGAUAGUUGAUGGGGAUAGAAUUGUUGACUGA